GGAAGACUCCCAGCAGCAAACCUUAAUUCUCAGGUGUACAUCUUGUCCCAAAAUAGCUAAAUCAGGAAAUUUCCGGUAAUCCGUUAAAGGGGCUUAGCGCAUGCAUGCCAACCCGGUCACUUGCCAGGGAGGGGACUGGGCUGCGUACGGAGUGGCGCGAGAGGAUACGUAGGUACGAGAGAGGUACAUGCCGGCCGGGCACACACUGGGGGAACGAGGAGGAGGAGGUUGACGUAAAAAGACGAGGCGGGAGGCGGGAGUCAGGUGGUGAUCAUGUGACCAUUGCGCCCAUUCGAUUCCUUAUCUCUUGAGACUGUCGGUCCUGGGAUACUUGGGGACUUUGAAUCUCGUUCACUUGUCGCCGGCAUCGCCCUUUUCAUUUUGACUCUUGCUGCUGUGCAACCAUGCCUUAUACAGAACAAGAUCCUCUGUUACCACCAGAGAGAUCGUCCCCAGAAAUUAAAGAUUCAAAGGAAACUCAAAAUGGCUGCGAUGAGCCAACGAAUGGCCGGGGGAAGAGGCCUUUCAGCGAUCUCAUGGCAGCGGUGCUGGGACUGUGCUCUCUGCUUAUACUUACUAUGCUAAUCAUACCGGAUGGUUUUGUUGACGAUGUCUUCAAUCAUCAUUGGCCUUUUGGAAAUCAAGAACCAAAGACAGUGGAAGAGAGGGUGGAUAGGAUCUUGUCUGAAACACCACUAAUAGAUGGACACAAUGAUCUCGCAAUCCUCAUAAGAUCUGCUUAUGAAAAUCGCAUCUAUGAUGACAAGUUCACCAAUGUCUUUGAGAAUGGUGGGAUGGCUUAUCACGUGGAUCUUCCUCGACUGAAAGCGGGAAAGAAUGGGGGUGCUUUUUGGAGUGCAUUCGCUCCAUGUCCCUCAAAUUGGAGUGAUUUUUCUACUCCAAAUUAUGACUCUUCUGUUGACUUCACUUUGACGCAGCUUGACCUUCUCGCUCGUCUCCAAGCCGCCUACCCCUCUCAUUUUGCGCUUCCGGGAGACAGUAGCACUGCCUUGGCCGCUUUCCAAAACGGUCAACUCAUAUCACCAUAUAUCAUUGAAGGUCUGCACCAAAUUGGAAACUCUCUAUCUAAUCUCCGCGAAUACUACACCCUUGGAGUUCGCUAUGCAACCUUGACACACAAUUGUCACAAUCGCUACGCGGAUGCAGCACUGGUUGAGCUCCCAGAGGGCGGCAUCGAAAAGUCUAAACCUCACUGGGGAGGUGUCUCUCCCGCUGGUCGUCAGCUUAUUCGUGAGAUGAACAGAUUAGGGAUGAUUGUCGAUCUAUCACAUACAAGUCAAGACACAAUGCGUGCUGUGCUCGGCUGGGAAACCGACUGGCCGGGUAGUCUCGCCCCAGUAAUCUUCAGUCAUUCAUCUGCCUACGCAGUGUGUCCUCAUCCACGCAAUGUACCCGACGAUAUCCUACAACUCGUCAAGAAAACCAAUUCUCUCGUCAUGGUUAAUUUUUCACCAGACUUCGUAUCAUGCGUUGCAAACUCAUCCAACACAAACGGUCUUCCGGAUUUUUAUCCAAACAACUCAACCUUGGAACAUGUAGCCAGACAUGUCAUGCAUAUCGGUGAUCUCAUCGGCUACGAUCACGUAGGUUUCGGUAGUGAUUUCGACGGUAUCCCAGAUACGCCAAAGGGACUAGACGACGUAAGCAAGUUUCCAGACUUAGUAGCCGAGCUCCUCAAGCAGGGAGUUGGCGACGGAGAUGCUGCGAAGGUCGUAGGCGGUAACAUUUUAAGAGUUUGGAAAGAUGUCGAUGAAGUUUCUGCACAGUUGAAGGCAAACGGAGAGAAGCCUCUAGAGGAUGAUCUUUCUUGAUUUGUGAUUUAGAUGUGUCUUCGUGUACAUACAUGGCCUUUUCUUGUUAUUUCAUUUAACUAUUCUAUAUAUAUAUACAUGUGUGUUUUGUUUCCAGACGCUUAAUGUGGUAUGUCACUUGCGUAAGAGGUGUCGCAUUGUUUUUAGAAAAAACAUAGCUCCAAUAUCCAAAUGUAAUCUACAACACAUACUUAUUCUAUGGAAGUGAUUCUUAAAUCCAGAGAAUUUACAUGCACGUCCUUCGGAAGAUACCAAAUAUUACUAUCACA